CUGUCCCGUCGCAUUUAGUCUUUCAUUUUGCACCUAAUAUACUAUACCAUGACUAGCUCCGCUAUUCCACUCUCUUUAUUCCGUCUUCCUUUCUUGGCAAUAGAAGAAGUUUUUAAGGCAUGCUCGUUGUUUGAGUUGACGAAGCUCUCAUUUACUUCCAAGAACGCAAAAUAUCAUGUCACUCGCUACACCAGCCGCCGCCAAUUUGAAGGAACUUUAAAGAUCAAGCUUCUCGGUUAUGCAAUGAAAUGUGAAUUGAACACAAAUAAAAACGACAAACUCUCUGCAGACAUCACUUUCAAGUUUGGUCCCUGUAUGUCUGCUGCUGAGCUCUGCAACUUCAACGGUCGCCGUAUCCCUAUAAACGUGACUCGGAAGCAGAAAACCAUUUUCGUUUACUGCUCAACUGUGACAGAUGGCUUCGAGCAUUUUCUGGACUACUUCACGGGAUGCAUCUUAAAACUGACGGUCUCUCUGGAAAGUGAGGAUAAGAUGGAAGAUCGUUUGGCUUCAGUGUUAAGGAUCAUUGAAAUGCGAAGACCGGCCCUUGAGGAGAUUAAAAUCACGAACAGCGAGCUUAGCGGUGACCUCUGUGAGAUGAUCUCCAGUUUGUGCGGCGGCAAAGAAUCGAAACGCUGUUUCAUCAAUGGGACCCGUCAAUAGAAGUUUUUGUUCUAUUGGAAUGCCUAUUUGAGUGAAUAAAUUUUAAUGAAAUAAACUUGGUUCAAUUA